AUCAGUCGUCAGUUGGUUAGUCACGCCAGACGCGUUAAGUCGUGCUCUUGGUUUACUGCCGCUCGGAUUCCGUAACUUUCGAUUUCCCCAUAACAGGGCAAAAUUGCAACAUUCGCAUUGCCGUGCCUUGAUAUUAAGCAAUUUCGAAAAAUUCGCGCGAUGUAUUAACAAUCAGUCGUCUCGAAUUUUUUUCUUGAUUUUUGUUGCGUUAACAAUGUUGUCGAUGGAAUCGUUAUGGUGUAGUUCAGAGUCGGAAGUGUCGGCCCUGAGGAUGUGCAAAAGUGUGGAGAGGUCGGAGUAUAGAUUUAAGAGGAAACCUUCGAAAAGUUUAAUCCCCCAAGCUCUAUUACACGCGGAGCCGCAACCGCAGCUUCGUCAUCAUAGACAACGACGAUCAGGCACUUGGCCGCGGACGAGGUCCCUGAACGCGCCCUCACCGAUCCAGCAGUUUGGACCAUGUGGCAGAAUAAUGAAGAACUCGGCAAUGGUUAUGCAGAUCCAAGAUCCGGCGUCCCAGAGGCUGACGUGGUACAAGCCGCCGUUGACUGUUCUCGUCAUCAAGAAGAUACACGACGCUACCAUCAUCACACCAUUCGUACAAUUAGUACACUGGCUUGUACAUGACAAAAGUAUGGUGGUAUUUGUGGAGGCGUCUGUGCUAGAAGAUAGGAUACUUUCAGAAUAUGGAAACUUCAAUGCGGUGAAGGAGAGAUUGAUGACGUUCCGCGCAGGCACAGAUGACCUCACUGAUAAAAUUGACUUUAUCAUUUGUUUGGGUGGUGAUGGGACUUUGUUGCACGCUAGCUCAUUAUUUCAGCAAUCUGUACCACCGGUGAUGGCCUUCCACUUGGGAUCGCUGGGUUUCCUCACGCCUUUCGAAUUUAAUAAUUUCCAGGACCAAGUUAUGAAUGUUCUAGAAGGUCAUGCGGCGUUAACUUUACGCUCCCGUCUCCAAUGUGUGGUGUUAAGAAAGAGAACGGAAGACAAAGACAAGAAGAAACCCACGACAAUUCUGGUGCUGAACGAAGUAGUCGUGGACAGGGGUCCUUCGCCCUAUAUCUCUAAUAUCGAUCUCUUUUUGGAUGGAAAACAUAUAACCUCGGUGCAGGGUGAUGGCCUUAUAGUGUCCACUCCUACUGGUAGUACAGCAUACGCGGUGGCUGCAGGUGCCAGCAUGAUCCACCCUUCGGUGCCUGCCAUCAUGGUCACGCCCAUCUGCCCACACUCGCUCUCUUUCCGACCGAUAGUGGUUCCAGCUGGAGUUGAACUCAAGAUUUCCUUAUCCCCCGACGCAAGGAAUGCAAUGUGGGUAUCGUUUGAUGGAAGAAAUAGACAAGCGUUGCAGCAUGGCGAUAGUUUAUACGUAACAACAUCAGUGUACCCUGUGCCGUCAAUAUGCGCGCAGGACCAAAUAUCGGAUUGGUUCGACUCACUUGGAGAAUGUCUUCAUUGGAAUGUGCGAAAGAAACAGAAGCAAAUGGAUGAGCUUAGUGACGUAACGCACUCCUCUAGCGACACGCUUGACGACAUAGAGAACAACCACGACGAGAGGCCAUCUGACACGUGACAUUGACAGUCGACAAUUACCUCUGUACAAACUCUGACAAUAUAUUUUUACGAUUUUUUAUCUGUCAUUAAAUUAGCAGUAAAGACUGUUUAAUGCGUGAUGCUAGUUUUAUGUUAAAACUAGAUUUAUCUAUAGCAGGUGGAGACUUUAAAUUUAAUUUUGGCUUUUAAAACUGAAAUUGUUAUUAAAUUGUGCAAUAUUGAAAUUAUGCUUAGCGACAUCUGUGCUGACAUUCCUGUAUUGUUACUGUAUUAUUAUAUAAAUAAAUUAUCCCAAAUUAUAAGUAAUUUUUGGGGAAUGGGAAUCAUAAAAUAAAAUAAAAUAUACAUAGAAAUGAUCUAUGCUAUCGAUUCAGUCGUAAAAUCUUUUGGCACUAACAAAUGUUUGUAUACAAUAAUGAACCUCAACACAUAUGAAAUAAGAUCUUAUUUCAAUCUAAAGUUCUUGUCUUUGAGAAUGGUCGCGUUAUUUACUACUUAUAUCUAUUUCGCCGACGCCUUUAUAGAUUUUUUUAUAGUUUUGCUGCGGUGCUUUCCGUAACUAUGUGUGCCAAGAAAAUAUGAAUAAAUCACAAUAUUUGUAAUUGCACAAAAAUGUCUGAAAAUGUGACGGAAAUUUUUAUUAUCUUGUUUAAAUGUACAAAGUGUUGUUACAGCAUUUUGUUUGAAAGUAAAUAAAUAUUGAAUAUA